GAUCGAUAGAGUGUGUGAAUGUAGGCAUCUAUCUGUGUACAGUGGAAUAUGUAUUGUAUUGUAACCGCUGACAAGCCAGUUUCAAGUGAAUACGUCAUUCGUUGUAUCUAGCUCGAAAGAAGUAUAAGCAGAAAUUAGUAUCACUUCGAUUAAAAGUUAUUGUUAAGUACAAGUAUUCGGUGAAUACAACGUAUUGUAAAAUUACUUCACAAUGCACAAACAUCUCCUAGUCGUACUGUUGAUAGCCAGCUUGAGCUGUUUCGUUGAAGCGAAAAAAUUCAAGGAAGGCGAGAAACCGGCUUGGGCUAAGAAGAAUAUCCGAGAUUACACGGAUGCUGACCUGGAACGGCUAUUGGAUCAGUGGGAUGAGGAUGAAGAACCGCUGGAACCGGAUGAGCUACCGGAACAUCUCCGCCCAGCGGAACCAUUGGACAUGUCCAAGCUGGACAUGACCAACCCGGAAAAUAUUCUCAAAGCAUCCAAAAAGGGCAAAACGUUGAUGACCUUUGUGACGGUCAAUGGCAAUCCCAGCCGGGCGGAAGCGGAAGAGAUCACAAAGUUGUGGCAGACGAGUCUGUGGAAUAGCCACAUUCAGGCGGAACGGUACAUGAUUGAUGACAACCGGGCGAUUUUCAUGUUCAAAGAAGGAUCCCAGGCGUGGGAUGCGAAGGAUUUCCUGGUGGAACAGGAACGGUGCCUGCAGGUGACGAUUGAGAACAAGGAUUACAAGGGCAAGCACAACAAGGACGCGGAAGAAGAGGCGAAGGAUGAACUGUAAUUUCUCGGUUGAUUUGAGUGUGGUUGAAUAGUUUACCGUGAUGGGAUCUGAAAUUUACGUAACUAUUAAGAUAUUAUUUCAUACUUUCACUAGAGCAAGUUUUUCCUUUGAACCCGGUUGUAGGGUAAUGAUUGUCCGAGUGUAAUUCCAUAUGCUGCUGCACUGACUGAUAUAGCGAUGUUUUGAGUAAAAGCAUUUGUUAAUUAAAUCUU